GGCGCCCGAACCCGCGGGCGCCGCCCUUCAUUCCCCGCCGGUCGCAGGGGCGGAAGAGUGCGGGCGGCUGGGCGGGAGGUGUGGGGGCGGGGGUGGUUCGCACCUGGCAGGUCUCCACCACAGGCACCUGCCCCUUCUGCCCAGGGGCACUAGGCUCGCCAAACUCUUCCAGGGCGGCCUGAUGCUUGUGCUUGUGGCUACAAUUGCCAUCAACGUUUCCUUUAUCGUGGACAAGACUCGGCAGCUGAGAACUCCCAUCGCGACUAUUGAGAGUGACGGCAACGGCGGAGGUGCCGGGGUCGGACGAAGGAACAAUCUGCGCCUACAGGAAUCACCCCCUAAAACCCUCACUGUCGACGUCGUGUCUAGCCAGAGUCGAGUGUCCGUCACUGUAGAUGGCGCAACGAUCGUGGAAGAGAGCGACGAACGAAAGGGCCGUGGAAUUCACGUCCUCGUGCUCCACCAGGCGAGCGGGGCCGUCAUGGCUCAGAGGGUCUUUGAUACUUACUCUCCUCAUGAGGAUGAGGCAAUGACACUCUUCCUGAAUAUGGUUUCCCCAGGGAGAAUAUUGGUGCUAGCCAUCAAGGAUGAAGGUACAUUUCAAAUGAAGGGCGGAGGGCGUGAUGCCCUUCGACGACUGGGUAGCAGUCAUUCCCAUGAACUUGGAUGGCGCGAUAUGUGGGCUUUAGUUGCUGUCAAAGGAGGCAGAGUCUAUGGAGAGCAAUUGUCUCGGAGCCCUGACUUCAAUUCUUGGGGGACACCUAUCAUGUUGAGAGCAGAAGUGCCACUUGUUCCUCUUGAAGAGAGUGAGUGCACUUGGCCAGACACAGAAGAUCAUCGCCGCAGACGUGAAUUCUGCAGCCACAUCGAAGGAUAUGGUUCAGUGUGUUCAUGCACAGAUCCAGCUCCAUUGGCUUUCACUACAGAGCCUCUGCUGAACAAUCAAGUUCAUGAUGUACCAGUAGCCAUCAUUGCAAGCAACCGUCCACACUACCUGUACAGGUCACUACGUUCCUUGUUAGCUGCCCCAGGUGUUAAUCCAGAAAUGAUAACAGUUUUCAUUGAUGGUUAUUAUGAAGAACCUCUUGCUGUUACCAAGUUGUUUGGUUUAAGGGGCAUCCAACACACACCUCUAGGGGCUAGAAAUGCUCGCAUAGCACAACACUACAAAGCUUCCCUCACAGCUACGUUCAACAUUUUUCCUGCUGCCCGUUAUGCUAUUAUUUUAGAAGAAGACUUAGAUGUUUCGCCUGAUUUCUUCAGCUACUUUAGCCAAACUUUGAGGUUGUUAGAAGAGGAUCCAACUGUUUAUUGCAUUAGUGCUUGGAAUGACCAAGGCUACGAGCAUACCAGCACUGACCCUGCUCUACUCUACCGAGUAGAAACUAUGCCUGGGUUGGGGUGGAUUCUUAAACGUUCUUUAUACAAAGAGGAACUGGAAUCUAAGUGGCCAACUCCAGAGAAGAUGUGGGACUGGGAUAUGUGGAUGCGUUUAGCAGAAGUUCGCCGUGGAAGGGAAUGCAUUGUUCCAGAUGUUUCACGGACAUACCACUUCGGAUCCUCCGGACUCAACAUGAACUCCUAUUUUCAAGAUACUUAUUUCAAGAAACAUUCCUUUAACACUUUACCAUAUGUUGAGCUGCGAGAUUUGGAUAGCUUGAAGAAAGAUGCAUACGAAGAGCUAGUGAGUGAUAUGUUGCGUCGCGGGACGGUGUUAGAUCACUCUCGCAGUCCAUGUGAUGAAAACUUUGUACCCGACACAACAGGACAUAUUUACCUUCUCUUCAUUCAGAUGGAGCAUCACAAAGAUUACACAACAUGGCUACAGGUUGCAAAGUGUUUACGAAUUUGGGACCUUGAUGGUCGAGGUUACCACCAUGGUAUGUGGAGACUCCAUAUGAAAUCUAAUCCUCUCCUUAUAGUUGGUGUUCCAUUUUCACAAUAUUCAAGCUACAAGCCAGCAAAGUUGAAACCAUUGUAUAUGGAGAGAAAAGACAAGGAGAAAACUACAAAGGAGAAGAAUUUCAUUCAUAGAUAACAACUGGCUUUAUUGGUGCUGAAGAAAAUGUAUGCAGAGAAGAAAGAAAGUUACAUAGGGAAUAAAUUGCUUGAAAUAUUUAUGAAGAACUCUCAUACAGAGAGCUUUGUCCUUAAUUUAAAUGACGCAUGGUUAUUAUUAAGAAGUGUCUUGAUUUACUGAAGUGUAGAAAAUAACUGUAACAAUGAUAACUAUGAGUAAUUAUGUACAGAAUUAGCCAGAGCAAGGUAAAGUCAGUGUUUUCUGUGCGAGUGAUUUUAUCAAGGGAACAGAAUUGUUUCAUACACCUGAUGAUAAGUUGUAUUAUAUCUUAUUUUCAUGUGGCAUUCUUACUUCAUUUGCAUUAGAGUUCAAUAUUUUAUGUCUAAUUCAAUAAAGAGCAUUUUUUAUAUCUUGAUCAUUUACUUGUAGCUGGUUGUACAAAUUAAAUUGUAUAAUUAUACCUGGAGAAUCAAACUAUGAGCUGUAUCUGGGAUUACAGCAUAAAGUCAUUCCUGUUGUGUGAGAAAUGAUUAUUUUGCAUAGAAACUGACCAAAUAGUUUAUGUUUGUCUUUUUGUAGUAAACUUCAACCAGGCUUUUUAUAAACAGUUGAAACAUUAAAUGUUUCAUGUAGGAACUAUGUGAGAAUUGAAGGUGUUUUCGUUGACAGGAUUAAAUUGUGUGGACUUUCAUUAUCCACAAAGUACAGGAUGCAUAAAUUCAAUGUUGAGUUUUUAAUUAAUAGAAAUUUAGUUACCUACAAUUUAUUAAAAUUGCCAACUUUUAACUUGUGGAUGAAUUUAAAGAAAAAAAAUAGUGAUGUUCUAUUUUUGUUUUUAUGCAAGUGUAUGCAUCCUCAUAGGGUAGUAGUGUCAACAGCGGUUCAUCCUUGUGCACUGUGAGCAGGGUUUGAGGUUGUAUGCCAUGUUCCUUUUGUCCCUAGCUUGCUUUUCAUCACCUCAUUUUAGUCUCUUCUAAUGUAGCGGUCCAACUUUUGUAACAUAAUUUUGAUUUGAUUUUCACUUUUCAUAUUUAAUAACAAGUCUUUAUUACCAGCACUGUGAAAGUCAGGAAUGUGACUUAGUGGUUUGGUUAAAUGACUUGAGAGAAUGACAGUUAGGAUUGUACAUGAAUUCUGAAACUUCUUUUAUAUAUGAGGGCUUUUUUUUUCUCUUGAGAUUUCAUAGAGGUGUCAUUAAUGAAAUCGAUUUAAAAACAAAUAUAAAUAUUGAAACCUUGUACUGAGUUGCAAUAAUUUUAACUAGAUUAAAUUUAGUUUAAAGGACUCAUAGAUUUAAAAUUAAUUUCAUUUAAACAAAUAUAAUUUAAUAUUAUACCUUUAUAUGUGUUAUGGAAAAUGAAUAUUAAGUAAAAUUACUGUGCAAUUGAAAUCAAUACUCUAAUACCAGUUUGGAGUAAAUAGUUUAGAAUUGUGGUGCAGGUGUUCGUACCAUGUUGAAUUUUUGGUUUGCACUAGCGUAUUUGUUGAGUCCAGUCAGUUUAUGUUAUUUUAUUCGUUUCUCAUAGGAAUCAAGCGAUGUACCAUCAUUCUUUAAUUUCCGUGAAAGGUAUCUUGAAUUUUCUUUUUGUUGCUGUAGUAGUAUAUAUAAAUUUGGAUGAUGGGAGGCUACUGUAAAUGAAUCUGUUAGCGAGAAUAUCUCAAGCUUUUUUGGGCAGUAGGUGCUUUGCUGUCAUGGCAAAAAUAUUGGUUUUUGUAGAUUAGAUGAAGCUUCCUGUUGAGGAAUUAUAUAUGAAAAUAGUGUAUAUAGAGUUUGACUAGCAUAAAGUUAUAUUUUUUAUGGUCGAUGUAACUGUGUCUUGAAAAUGGUUGUUUUUGAGACUUAAGCUGUAAUUGGCUUUGUUAGGAGUUUCAUGGUUUAACUUAACUGAUGUAUAGUAUAUAUACAGUAUUUAUGUAUUUAAUUUUGUGUGGCUAAAAGCAAUAUAGAAACUUGUCUGCACUGGAAAUGUUUAACUUUCUGAAGAGGAAAAGUUGUAAAUAUUAAUUAGAUACAAAAGUUCUUUAAGUUAGCAUUUUUUCAAAUAUUUCUUUGUACAUUUUGUAAAAUUAAUGCCAAGUACUUGAUUUUUAUGUUUAGUGUUAUUACUUGUAUUUCAUUUUGUAAAGCAUGUUUUUUUCAGAGGUACAAUUUAUAGUCCACUACUGCUUGUCUUCAUAGACUAGCAUAUUAAAUAGAAUCACAAAAUAUAUUUUCUUAUAGGUUGCUAAGGGCUUUAAAAUGCUUAAAAAUUGUAUAUGAUCACAAAAAUCAUGUUUUUCAUCAAAGUUUUUCAGGAAUGAGAUCGGAAACUAGCAAACGAAGUGAGCUUUGAUUAAUGUGAGAGUACAUGGUCUUAUAAUACUUUGGUUGGAUAUACUACUGUAAAACAUCUGUUUAACUAUGAAUUGUAAUGGGACAACUUUAGCUGAUGUAAAGAGCUUAUCAUGAAGUUUAUGAUGGUUCUUAUUAUAGUACUGAAUUACUGCUUCCUUUUAAUAUUAAGUGAAAUGCUUUACAUAUAACUUACGAAGGUGCUACACAAACUUACGAAAGUAAUGCCUGUGAAAACUUUAUCUUUCUUAUUGUAGAUUUUGUAAUUUAUUUCUAUUUAGAAGUUGUAUUUAUGGAUUGUAGUGGAAAUAUUUGGUCCGGAAAAUGAUCAUGUGAAAUGAAUGUCGGUGUGUUUUGUAAAUUAGUUGUACAUAUUUAAUGAAAAAAAAAUAUGGUGGGUUAUCAUGAAUUAAAGUAAAAUGUAUAUUAAAAAAUGUUUGAAGAUUUGAUAAAUUUGAAAUACUGUAAAGUUAUAUGUAUGUCUCAGAAAUGGAAAUUUUACAUCUUCAAAAAUAUCUACAUGGAAAUUGAUAAAUGUACGUACUUAAGUUUAUUAGAGAAAUAACUGGUUCAUGCAAAACACUUUAUUGAAUAAUAUAGAUUUUAAGUUAGAGAAAAAUUUUUAAACUAUAUUGAUAUACAAUUUUGUCAGAGAUUUCGGUCUGCAUUCUUCUAAUUAUGUAUUUCUCCAAAUAUUUUACUUUAUUUAAACACAAAGCAUAAAACUGGAUUGCCUUUAGUGAUAGCCAUUCAGUGUACAGCACCUGAAUAUCUGUCUUCUGAUACCUAGGAGUUGCCCUCUUAUCAUAUUCUUCUUGAAAGUGGACCAUGAUUGCAUUGAACAGGAUUAGAUUGUCAGGUUCUAAUAUCAUGAAAAAUGUUAAUCACAUGUUGAAGCUAUUGUCAGAGAUGGUUCCCAUUGGCAACCAUUACCUUUUUUAGAUAAAUGUAUUUACCAAAUUGAAAUUAAAAAGAAUUAUGCCAGUAUGGUUGAAGAGUUAUUCAGUGUUAAUAGAAAAAUGUGCUGCUUGCAAUUGGUGUCUUUUGUGUGGAUUCAGAGGACUGUCAUUUGAAUGUACAGUAUGUCUGUAUCAGAAAAACUGUAGCCUUAGUCUUAUGUUUUGGUUUGAGUAGGCAACCAUGUACAAGGUCAAGAGAAAAUUUAAGGCUAGUCUGUUAACCUAAACUUGUUAGAGUUCACUCUUGUUAAGGACCAAGACCCUUACAUUUUUCCCCUUCCCUCCUCCGUAUUUGCUUGUUGAUAUUUAACAAUUCCUCACUACUUUCUCUAUGACUGGCUUUUCUGCUUCAUGUCUCCUCUUGAGCUUUGGUCAUGUUUGCCUUUCAGAAUGCUGAAGACUAAGACUGACCCUCUCUCAGUCAAUAUAAGAUUCGUCUGGAGAAGAUAAACCUUUCAGUAGAGAUGGAGCUUUUUCAGAUCAUUGCCAUAGACCCAUGAACCAGAUAAAGCAACCAGCUGCUCUCUGGAUGGUAACUAAUGCACUGUUGACCACAAUUGGUGCUGUUUUUUUGACAGUUACUCCUGCAUUCGAUUAUUGUUUCUUUCAAUUCCUUGACACUUGUGGGCUAACAGAGGUGAUAAUGCAUCAUGUAAUAAAAGAGGACCAGCUCAUUGUCACCUCUCUUCCGUAAGACUUCCCACUUUUACAGACAGCUGUGAUGUUCUACCCUAGUCCAUUCUUGGUUGUGUUUCUGCACCAUUCCACCAGAUUUGCUGUGGUCAUACUAACUGCUACAGUCUGGUUGUUGCUAUGUGAGCUGAUCACAUUUUUGACAAGGAGACUGUUAUUCUUGUCACCAAGUAAAAUUCUGUAAGACGUGCUGUACACACAUAGUUAUUCUACUUCUUCUACGUUCCAAAGCAAAACAUACUAGUAUAUAAGGAGUCCUUUUUCCUCCUUAUACUUGUUUUUCACCGUUUAAAUAUCUUCUGUCCUCAAGUUUCACCAGUACUAGCUAUUUUGCUGUUGGUUUGCCUGUUUACUACCUGUGCUGGUGUUACCAACUGUUCUACGUGUGUGCAGCUGUCCUGAUUCCACCUGUCUACUGACUGCCAUUCAUCAAUCAUGCAGGUGGUCAUGGCUUUAGUGACAGUUCUCCUAGAGCCACACCAUAUCCUGACACUUUUGUUGGUGCUCACUAUCCUGCAAAUGGUUCUGUUGGUCAUUCUCUUUUAUUCCUCUAGUGUUUUAUUGCAUAUUUGGUGUUCCACAGUCAUACUAGCUUUUGUGUUGCUGUUAUUAAGUCUUUUUUCACAUCUUUUAUACAAACUGCCAUGUGCUGCCAUGUUACUGGUGUGCUACCAUUCUUUAAUUUAUCUACAAGCCAUUGUUACUGAUUUUCCUCUAUCCUCUAAACUUUCUUCUUGAAUAAUUUAUCAAGACUCCUGAAAAAGAGAAGAUCAUUCUCUUUUAGGAAAAAUCUUUAUUAACCCUGCUUGUGAUAAGUUAUGUCAUCCUUAGUUCUUUGAUUCCUGGCUGUAUAUUGCACUAAAUCUUAAGAGUUGUGGCACUACUUCAAUUCAUCCACAUCUGUAUAAGUCUCCAAACAGGUCUUGUCCUUAUUCAUAGCCAAAUCUUGUUACAUUUCCCCCCACCCCCAUUCGCCUUCUUCUUUGGUGAUCUUUUGUUCACUGAUGCAUCUUCAACAGUCCAUUUCAGGAUAACAGAUUUCAGGUUACACAUCGUAGCUAAUGUAGUAGUUUUGUGUCAGACUACACAAGGGCAGACCCUUUCAGUAAGGAUUACAAAGGGCAAGCCAUGUAAGACAAUGGUUUGUUAGAUACAAAAAAUAUGAAAUUAAAAAAUUAGUAUCAUACAUUCAGAUCAUUUCUGUACAUUAGAGAUCUCUCAUCCCCCUUUCCAGAUAGCUGUAGAUGGUUCACUUCUAGAGCAAAGCUUUGUAUUAGGAGAGUUUAACCAGACAGUUGAUUUAAAGGUCUUACCUCUCACAGGGCAUAACCAGACCACUGAGCUAAAAAUCUUAGCUCUCACAUGGCUAGCCUACAUACUAGGUGAGGUAGAUGAGAGAUGUAGGGAACUGACAGAAGGAAACUCUCAUUACAUAGGAAAACUUUUCCUUUCUAAUAUGUGUUUGCUACCCAUUUUGAACCAGAUUGUAAGACCAUCCAAGCAGGGGUUAUUAGGAACCAAAAGUGAGUUUGUAAUUUUAAAUUCCAUGGUUUUGGUGAGGAAACAUUUUGUAAAUUAAUUGCUAUUAGGAAAAUAAAACUUUAUAAUUCCUAUUUUUUGGAUAAAAAGACAUGCAUAAAUUUUAAAUUAAAAUAUUUGUAAAUGUUUUAAUACUGUAUUUUCUUAGCAUAUUUUCAGAAACAUCUUGGCGCAUAAUAAUUAUUACUUUGAGACUCAUGUAUUUGUGUUUGAAAGAUUAAGAAAUUGAGAAGUAUUCACUGCUUUGUGUUUCUUAUGUGUUUGUACAAAUUGUAAGAGAAUUAAUCAGGGGCCAAGAGUACUGGAAUAAUGGCAUUGAGUAUAAACUACAAGUGAGAUGGUUUCUAGUGAUAUUUUGUCUCUUUUCAAAAUAUUUUGCCUAUCCUGCCCAUCUUAAUUUUCCUUUGAAUGUAUAAGUAUGUUGCAUUCUGGCUUGUAUGUAGCGUUAAACUGAAAAUUGUCAAAUUUUUAUAUAAGAAAAUGGUUGAAAUAACAUGUCUUACCAGUUAUAUCCUUAUUUAGUGGGAAGACUUACAACCAGUUGUUAGAACCAGUUGUACAAAUUGGUUUACAGUACUGAGAAAUGAUAAAAAUAGUGUCCAAAUUAUUUGGUGCUACUUCAAACAACAUUUGUUGUGAUGUAAGUUGGUAUGUAAAAGCAAUUGCUUAAACAGAUCUGAUCAGUUUAUAUCAUUUAACCAUUUUCUCUAUGAUGGCAAGGCUGGAUAACUUUUACUUCAUUUAUUUACAUAUGUUUUUAUCUGAGGAAUGUAACAUGAAGAACAGUAAGUAGUAUAAGUGAAUUAAAAUAUUGUUUGUGUUCUCAAGUUUGAUGCAAAUUUGAUGGAAACACAAAAUACUGUUAUAUUUUCUGUUCAGUUGUGUAAAUUGAUUUCUACUCUCUUGUAUUUAUGACAUCUGUCCUCUUUGAUUGCAUGGACAAAUGCCACUGAAUUGCUAAUUGCAAUGUACUCUAAAUUUGUGCAGAACUUCUCUAGUGCUUUCAGUUAAAAAAAUUGACAGACCUCAAGAAUAUAGCAAAGCAUUCAAGCAUAUGUCACAUUGCACUGUGAAUUAUCAAAAUUUGUAAUUGAAAAACAUUUUAAACCCAAAUAUUCCUAUAGGUUACUUCAAUCAUCACUAAAGGCUGUCACUUACUCUAAUAUCUAUAUCAGUAUCUGCUGUGGGAUUAUAUAUGUGGAUGAAUGAAAUGCUGGAAUUUAUUUUUUUCUUUACCUGUCACAUCUGAUGAUUUUGCAAUGGUGGUUGUGCCAAUGUUUUACAUGUAUUAAUUUAUUCUUUAGACACAUGGCAUAAACUUUCCUAGUAAUACAAUUUAGUGGAUAAGUCAUUUGGCAGUGCUUUGAGGCCUAAGUGUGUGUGUAUUACUUUUAGCAAGUUGUGCAUGUAUUCAUACUAUGUAUGUGUACUGUAUUGUAUAUAUUAUUUCUUUGUAUGUAAAAACUGUAAUGAGAUAUAUAUAUAUUUGAUUGUUGAACUAGGCAACUAGUAGCACUUUACAUGAGACUAAUGGUGGAAAGUGUAUUUGAACCGCCCAAGUAUAAAUGUAGGUGUAAUUCUUAAGAUUUGGUCCACUGCAUCUGAUUGGUGCUGAGCUUCCACUGGAAUUGUAAUAUUUAAAUUAGUUAUACUGUACAUGUAUGUUGACUAUACACAGAGUUAAGUUAUUAACUCAAGUUAGUUAAUAACUAACUGUGAAAUUCAUCAUUCAUGCUAUGCAUUUUGUUUAUAUAUACAUAUAUCUCUCUCUUUCUCUCCAGAAAGGUUGUCUUCCGCACUUGACAGUUUGAGCCGUUUUAUCAUAGCUUGUGUACUUAAACACUCAGUCAGGUAUUUUCUCAAUAUGAAGUGGAUGUACAUGAAAUUAUUGAUAGUAAUUUUAACUUAAUAUCUUGAAAAAAAUUACCAUAGCUGUUUUGCAGUAAAAUUUAGAUACUUUAACUUUCAGUCUACCAAUUUGUCCGUUAAAAAAUUGCUGUAGUUUUAAAAGUCAUCAGAUUGGUGCCUUCUCAUUUUUUUUAGCUUACGAUUCUUGGUUUUCCAAAGUUGAAAAGCACUUUUAUGAAGAGGGAAAGAGAAAGCCAGUGAUUAGUCAUCCAAUAGGCUUAUAUAUUUCAAAAGCUAAUUGCAUAGUCAAGUACUUGAAACCACAACACAGUGGAAAUGACAAUGUGCAUGUGAAUAUAUACAUAAAUAUAUACUGUAUUAGUAUAUAUGUAUGUAAAACUCCCUCUUGAUUA